GAGGAGGAGGAGGAAGAGGCCCCGCAUCAUGCAGCCGAGGCGAUGCCCAAUGGCCCCGGAAUGACUGAAGCUUUUGGAAAACUUUCCCAAUACAGACACCCAGUCAGACUAUUUUGGCCAAAAUCAAAGUGUUAUGAUUACUUAUAUCAAGAAGCAGAAGCUCUUCUGAAAAAUUUUCCAAUUCAAGCCACAAUUUCAUUUUAUGAAGAUUCUGAUAGUGAAGAUGAAAUUGAGGAACUAAUCUGUGAAAAUUAAUCUGAUUAGUUACUUUUGAUGACAUUAAAAGUUUGUAGGAUUUAAAGUUAGGAUGCAAAUAAUAUCAUAAUUCUUUUAAACUAAUUUAUUUGUAUAGAAACUUUUAAUAAAAUGAAUAUUUUGUA